GAUUUCAUCAUUAUUCAUUAUCACUUCGUUGUUCGUUCACUUCUGUUCUAUUUGUCUUGCGAAUGCUGUAAAGUUCGGUUAAUUUUCUAUUAUAAUUAAUUUAUUACUGUUGUAAUCAGAAAUCUUUUAAAAAUGGGCAAAGGUUUUAAUAAUUACAUGUGUAAAAAGUUUUUCCAUCCUGCUUCGCGAGAUAAUCUCAAAAGGGUAUGGAUGGCCGAACAGAAAACCGAAGCUUAUAAAAAGAAACAAGAAGAACUACGUGUCCAAUAUGAGAAAGAGCAAGAUUUAUACAACAACAAAGCGUUGUUAUGGAAAGAUAGUAAAGAAAAGCUCACGCUCAACUUCAUGUACGAAGCUCCUCCAGGUUUAGUUAAGGAGAAAACUAAAGACGAUCUCGAGGAAAAAGAAGACGACACCAAGUUCGAAUGGCAGAGAAAAUUCAAUGCUCCUCGUGAAGAUUAUUGUAAAGGAGAUGCUGAAAUCAGAGAUCAACCGUUCGGUAUUCGAGUCAGGAAUGUUCGCUGUAUCAAAUGUCAUAAUUGGGGUCAUUUGAAUACCGACAAAGAAUGUCCUUUAUUCAACAAAUCGGCCGACGAUUUCGAUAAUCCUGCUGCUACUCGUACUGAUCCUACAGUUCUUGCUAAACAAAUGGCCGAAGAAGGAUUACUAAUGAAGAGGAGUAUCACUUCCGAACAAAAACAAAACAGCAUUGUGAUGAAUAUUGGCAAAGGUGGCUGGUCCAGAGGUUACGAAAAAGAAGUGGAAUUCUUGAAAACAUUGGAUGCUGAUGAGCAGCUUAAAAUCUUGAAAGCAUUGAAAAAGCUGAUCAAGAAGAAAGAAAAAGGUGUCGAUGUGAAGAAGAAACUGAAACGUGUCGUAAAAUCGUCGAAAUGAUAUGGUUAGAAUAUAUCAUCUUGUUAUAUUAAAUUCAGUGAAUUUGUUGUACGGUGUACGAAAAUGUAAAUAUCUAAUCUACCAUGCAUAUGGCUAGAAUAUAAGGAAUGUUUUAUACAAUAUACUAUACAAAGUAAUUAUUUGUAUCAUGUAUUGUAACCAUCAACCAGUUACGAAGUCGUUGAAGUGAUACGGCUAGAAUGAUUAUUAUUAUUAAUAUACAUAUUUAAGAAAUUUAUUGUACGAUGUGCUUCACCUUAAUGUAAAUUUUUGUUAGAAUAUUUUGUACGUGUUAUAUUUUUGAUUAAUUUAUCAUACUAUGUAUUUGUAUUAUAUUAAUACGAAGUAAUUGUUUUUCUAUUGUAUGCAUUUGUUUGAAAUAAUACACGUUUACGAUGAAAA